UCACCCGGUACCCCACACCCACAGGGGCACUCGCCGCGUCAGGUGACGGCCCAUACGCACCGUAAAGCGCCGCACGUUGCUGCCGAGGCAACGCAGUGCCAGAUGAUGACCACUGGGCGGCAGCGGCAGCGGCAUGAUCAUUGGCGUGAGACGGUGGCUAGGGCGGCCAGCCUCCUCCCUCUGGCUCGUCGGAGUCGGGCGGAGGGGGGUUGCUGCCGCUCUCAUGUGGUGAGGUGGUGUCCUUGACCGUCGACAUGACGUUGUGCAGGAGCCUGGAUGGGUCGUGGGUGCUCCCGCCGGGUGCCGACGCCCCCUGUGUCCCAACUCGUCAGGCAACUCGUCAAUCUUCUGCACAGCACAGCACAGCACAGCACAGCACAGCGCACACCAGAGAGAGAGAGAGACAGACACAGAUCACUCAUGGGUUGGUUGGGUUGGCCACAUGUGUGUCUGUCACCAUGAGUGUCUGUGCUGUGUCAGUGUCCCUACCUUUUCAGGCAGGAAUAUGUCGGCUCCUCUCUGUACGAGUUCUGCCACGACGUCCUGUCGUUCCUCGGCGAUUGCGAGGUGGAGGGUCGUCCUGCCGGCGUGGUCAAUGAUGUUAUUCUCCGCACCGUGGUCCAGCAGCAAUGUCACCGUGGUCCAGCAGCUGCCCAAUGGAGUACUGUACGGCCAUCACGCUGACAUGAUGACAACCACACACAAGGACAGACAGACACGCACAUAUAUGCCACACGUGCUCGCCUGUCCGGUCCGCCCGGUCUCGUGUAUCAAGUCCCUCCCUCCCGCAUCUCACCUCGUGUUGCAGAUUGAGGUCAACCUUCUGAGUGAGUAUCCUCCUGGCGCCCUCGAGGUCGCCCGUCAGCACGGCGGCCAUCAGCAGCGCAUACGAUGUGUGUCCGUCCACCCCCCUGCCCGCCCCACCCACACCCACACCCACAGCGACCUCCGCUCUGUCCCCCCCUGCCACCUGGCCGGCCACGGCCAGGUCAUGGCGCGAGCUGUGUGUUGGUGGGGAGCUGUCUUUGUCGUGGUGCGAGCUGCCGGUCUGAGAGUGGGAGACGAAACUCCCAUCGACAAAUAUCCCAGGGAUGGGUCGCUCACCCCGCCGGCACCAUGAGUCACGGGCGACCAGUCUGUGCUCGCUGCCCUGUUGUCAGACUGGGGCGACCCGUGGGGCACUGGCGUGUCUUCGUCGAGCGAUAGAGACCCGUUGAGCCACGCCAGCAGGUCCUCUGGACGAUUCGACGACGGGGGGGUGGCGUGAGUUGACUGAGGCAGCUGAAUGAACGAAGAACGGACAGACAUUUGCACACGCAUCGCAUCAGUCCUUUCGCCUGUUCAUUCUGUCUGUAUGUCUGUCUGUCUGUCUUUGUGACUUUCGUACCUACCGCAUUGUUGGCCGUGUCCCGUUCAAGUGUGGUGUCGUCAUGUCUGUCCCGGUCUAUUCCGCCCAU